UUCAUGACGUAGGAGGCCUGGUCGCGCGCGCGUCGACAGCGCCGCCUCAGUGGAACUUCGGCCGCAGUCGCGAGCGUUUCGGCGGUACUCGGCACCGACCGAAUCAGUGGCUGAUGCGCGAUUUCAAGCGAGAUUAGCGUACGAAGGAGCAUCUCGCGGACGCAGCUGCGUACGCGCCCGCGCGCGAGUGUCCUGUCGUGCGUGUGUGUGUGCGUGCACAAGUGAAGUACGUGCGUGCGUCGGUCGGUCCGUUCGCGGUGAUAUGCAUAAUAUGCGCGCAUGGACGUAUGCGUGGUGACCCGCGCUCUUCGCCGAGAGCGAGCUGUCGUUGCCGCUGCUGCUGCCACUGUUAUGCAUCCUCCUCGCGACGACUGGUAAGCUCGCCGCGACCAUGUCGCGAAAAUAAUCGCGCCGGUCUCGCGAGUGUGUGUCUCCCUCUCUCUCCCCCCGUGCGUAAAAUACGAAAGGUGGCGGCUGCCGGAUACGCUCGAGCCUGCCGUCUGUCUCGCUUCCUCGGUCCCUCGUCAUUCAUUUUCCCCUCCGUUUUUCCCUCCUUCUCCCUCGGGCUCGCUUUUCCCCGCCCUCUCGCUCCUUGUCACCGGGACGCGUCACGGGAAGCAGCGCGGAUAAGAGAGAGACGAAAGGAGGGCUGAUCAGGGUGUCCCGCGGUUAUUCAUGGUGAGGGACAACGGGUGAAGUGAACGGUGAAAAGUGCGCGCGAUCGUCGACAACGACACGACGAGGGCGAGGGCGAGGUGAGCGAGGGGGAGAAGGGAUCCGCCGAAGGGACAGCCUCGGUUGCAGCUGGGCGCUUGGGGGCGGCUGGGUGGGGUGGGGUGGGACGGCGGGAGACGGAACAACUGACGGAAAACAAGAAAGAGAGAGAAGAUGCCGGGCCUAAUCGCCGUGAGUGAGUUCGUCGAGGAGACGAGGGAGGACUAUAACUCGCCCACCACGUCCACUUUCGUCUCGCGAAUGCCACAGUGCAGGCAGACCAUCACGUCCCUCGAGGAGACCUUGGACUUUGAUAGAGAUGGUCUCACGAAGCUUAAAAAGGCUAUCAAGGCUAUCCAUAAUUCUGGAAAUGCUCACGUGGACAAUGAAGUGUACUUAGGAAGGGCGUUGGAGAGACUCGGCGAUGCCGCUCUAAAGGAACAGGAACCGGACAUAGGCGCGGCCUUCCUCAAAUUCGCGGUGGUCACGAAGGAACUGAGCGCCCUCAUGAAAACUCUGAUGCAAAAUAUCAACAACAUCGUCAUGUUUCCGCUGGAUUCAGUGCUGAAAGGUGACUUAAGGGGUGUAAAGGGAGAUUUGAAAAGGCCCUUUGAGAAGGCUUGGAAGGAUUAUGAGGCUAAGUACGCGAAAAUCGAGAAGGAGAAGAAGCAGCAUGCGAAAGAGGCCGGUCUGAUUCGUACGGAAGUCACACCCGCUGAGAUCGCCGAUGAGAUGGAGAAGGAGAGAAGAUUGUUUCAGUUGCAAAUGUGCGAGUAUCUGAUCAAAGUGAAUGAGAUCAAAACAAAGAAGGGUAUCGAGUUGUUACAACAUCUAGUCGAAUAUUAUCACGCGCAAACGAAUUAUUUUCAGGAUGGUUUGAAGACUAUUGAACACUUCGGCUCGUACGUAGCCGAUCUCAGCGUGAAGCUGCAAAAAAUCAGACAGACGCAGGAUGAAGAAAGGAGACGACUAACGGAACUUAGGAGUCUUCUUAGGAGUUCUGGAUGUGACAAGGAGUUAAACGCGAACGCAAACGUUGGUUACUCGCUGCAUCAGCUGCAAGGUGACAAGCAACACGGUGUCACGCGGUCCGGCCACCUGCUGAAGAAGAGCGAGGGCAAAAUGAGGCGAGUCUGGCAGAAGAGGCGGUGCGCUGUGCAAGCGGAGGGAUACCUCGAUAUCUGUCACGCGGAUGAGAACAAACCGCCCACCAGGGUGAAUCUAUUGACCUGUCAGAUCAAAUUGGUGCCGGACGACAAACGAGGCUUCGAUCUCAUCAGUUACAAUAGGACGUACCACUUUCAAGCGGAGGACGAGGCGGACCAGCGCGCAUGGAUGUCAGUCCUAGUGAAUUGCAAGGAACGUGCCCUACUGCGGGCGUUCGAUGCGAGCGGCAAGGCGGAGGCCGGCAGUGGCAAUCCUAGCCUCGUAGAACUGCAGCAGGCAGUCAUACGAUGCGUUAUGCGAUUACCCGGAAACGAUCAGUGCUGCGAUUGCUCCUCGCAGAACGAUGCUACGUGGCUGUCGACGAACUUCGGCAUAAUAGUGUGCAUAGAGUGCAGCGGCAUCCACCGAGACUUGGGCGUGCACAUAUCGCGAAUACAAUCCUUGACGUUGGAUAACGUCGGUACCGCUCAACUGUUGCUCGCUCGACACAUGACCAAUCAGGCAUUUAACGAAGUGAUGGAAGCGACGUUACGUCACAAUCUCAAACCGUCACCGACGUCGACGAUGGAAGAGCGAUACGAAUUUAUACGCGCCAAAUAUGUGGACAAGAGAUAUGUGAUGAAUACAUGCGCGGAUGAGCGCGAUUUGCUUUCCGAUUUAGAGCAUGCUGUUAAUAAUCGUGAUCUACAACAACUUUUACAAGUUUACGCCGAAAACGUAGAUCUUGCUGCGCCGUUGCCAACAUCGGACGUAGGCGAAACGGCGUUACACUUGGCUAUUCUGCGCGAGAUGGGCAGUAGUUUGCACAUUGUGGACUUCCUAGUGCAAAACAUGCCUAGUGGCGGCAUCGAUAGAGCAACUAUCGAUGGCGAAACGGCGUUACAUCUUUCUGCGCGGCAUGAUAGAGCGGAAGCAAUGAAACUACUUCUACGAGCUGGUGCGGAUCCUUCACAUCGGAAUAAACAGGACAAAACUCCGUUGGAUAUUGCCCAGGAAAUGGGACACCAUACCUGCAAAGAAUUGCUCAGUCAUGCUCUCCAGAGGCAGAAGACAUUAUUUGACAAUGUAAACAUUGACUGGAAUCUUUCUCAUGAUGAGGGUUCCACGGAUUUUUCUGAUGACGAAACGAUAAUAGAGGACAGAAACGGAUGCUUAACGCCUGAAAAGAAAUCACGUAGCAGACCACCGUCUUACGCCGGGGGUGGUGGUACCGGAUCGGGUGAUUCCCCAGUAACAUUGCGCAGUCGGAGUAGCACCUGCGAUAGUUUACAAAGCGGAUCUUCUCCGAGUGCCUCGACGAAUCGCCAACAAAUGCCUCCGCCGCCGCCACCACAAGCGAGAAAGCCUGUAGCUGUCCCCACACCCAUGGCGCCGGACAUUUCACUGAACAUCCACGGCUCGCUGAAGAAGCGGGUAGCGCCACCUCCACCGCCAUCCACCGGAAAUGCUGCUACCGCAAGCGGUGUUGUACUACCGUCGUCGCACUAUGGUACGCUACCUACGUUGGCUACGUCGACGCACAGUCGUACGACCAGCGAGCCGAUUUUAGCCGGCCACACUUUACACACUCUACCGCAUACGUUGAACACACUAAAUAGCCAACAUCAUAAGAGAUCACCGAGUGGCGACUCGUCAACCGGACACGGUAUGGAUAAAAUGAACAGCUCGACGCUGCAGAGACCGCGAAAUCCACCGCCUCCAGCACCAUCCGGCGUCACGUCCAGACUCAGCAAUGGACGUAGCAGUGAAUCUCUGAGCUCCAUGUGUUCGGAUCAUGGUCUGGGCAAUCCUAUUCCGCCACCGCGAAAGCGAAGGGACCGAUCCAGGCUAGAGAGCUACGCCGAAGAGCCUUCAUCUUUGCUCCUAAAUUUGAAUCUGCCAACAUCGUCCACCUUGACCGGUCUUCGACGCUGUCGAGCCCUGUACGAUUGCGUGGCCGACAACGAGGAUGAGCUGUCAUUUCGUGAGGGUGAGAUCAUCAUCGUGACGAACGAGCAGACCGACGAUGAUAAUUGGAUGGAGGGCGCGUUGGAACGAGCACCAGAACGACGGGGAAUGUUUCCGAUCAGCUUCGUGCACAUGUUGCAGGAUUAACAUUCGGUAAGCCUCAACUCGUUAACGAGUGUCACGAGCACUGCCAGUUCGAUGAGUGUCGCCAGUCUUGGCCGAAGAAGCUGGCUAA